AUGUCCUGGGCGGCCUCGCGCGGGCUGCCGAGGGCCCUGCUGGGGCUCGGCCUGCUCCUCUCCUCCUCCGCGGCCUCUUCCUCCCGGGUCUGCCCGGCGGCGGCGGCGACGCUGCUGCGGCGGCCUCUCCUCCUCCCCCCCCGCGCGCCCCAGCAGCCUCCGGCCAGGGCCAUGCAGAGCGCGGCGGCGCCCGGCGCCACCAAGUACCUGGGCCAAAAGGAGGCCCAGGCCAUCGACCAAGAGCUCUUUGAGGACUACAAAUUCAGCGUCGACCAGCUGAUGGAGCUGGCCGGGUUGAGCUGUGCCACAGCCAUUGCCAAGGCUUACCCCGCCAGCUCCUUCACCAUCAACCAGCCGGCAGUCUUGAUUAUCUGCGGUCCUGGAAAUAACGGUGGGGACGGCUUGGUGUGUGCCCGGCACCUGAAGAUGUUUGGCUAUGAGCCGACCCUGUACUACCCCAAACGCCCCAACAAGCCGCUCUUUGAAGGAUUGACCACGCAGUGCAAGAAGAUGGACAUUCCGUUCCUCUCGGAGUUUCCAUCAGAAGCUGCGCUCAUCGACGAGAUCUACGGGCUGGUGGUGGAUGCCAUUUUUGGGUUCAGCUUCCAGGGCGCAGUGCGGGAGCCCUUUGCCAGCAUCCUGAGCACGCUGGAGAAAGUCACCGUCCCCAUUGCCAGCAUCGAUAUCCCCUCGGGCUGGGACGUGGAGAAGGGCAACCCUGAUGGCAUCCAGCCGGACAUGCUGAUCUCCCUCACGGCACCCAAGAGGGCGGCCAAGCAGUUUAGUGGCCGCUACCAUUUCCUGGGGGGCCGGUUUGUGCCUGCGGCCCUGGAGAAGAAAUACGCCCUCAACCUCCCCCAGUAUCCGGAGACGGACUGCGUCCUUCGGCUCUCCUAGUGAAUUCUGGCUGGAGGUGGUGGGGCGAGGGGUGUCUGGGGGAAGACGGUGCACUGGGGUGGGAGGGGAGGGGAGGGAGAAGACGGAGGAGGCUCCGUCCUUGGAGGGUAGGCUAGGUUGGGACUGAGGAGGCGGCCACACGGCUGGGCUACAGAGAGAGAGAGAUGCAGUCUCCUUUGCUCUGUCUGCAGAGUGAACAAGGAAUUUUGAGUUUUGAAUCAGGCCCCCCUGCCCACCAGCUGUGUUUGAACUACAACUCCCAUAAUCCCUAGCUCAUAGCCAGGGAUGAUGGGGAUUGCAGGCCACCAUCUGCAGCAGGUCCGAAGUUGAGCAGCCCUGGUUUAAACGGAGACCGCAGGACACCGUGGGUGGGGUCUGUGUCUUCUGUCCCUUUAAGUCACUCUGCCCAUUCGCACCCCUGGCUGGAAAGAGGAACGUCGAUUCACCCCCAUUUUGGGCUUGUUGCUACCUUGCUCAGUUCUCCUUGUGUUUGCUUUCAAAGCAAGGUAGGGCCGGUUUGCUCAGUGCAGAAAGAUCCAAGGCCAGCUUAGAUGGUAACAGCCGGUUGUGGUUUUCCUUCAAUAAAGUCGGGACUGCGACUCCCUUAUUUUGAAAAA